AUGGGUGUUUCCAUAUUUUUAUCACUUAAAAUCCAAGUGAUAUUUUUUUUAUUGAUUGGCAUUUGUUUAUUUGAAGCUGCACUUGCUAGCACAACCAGACACUAUCAUUUUGAUAUAAGGCUUCAAAAUGUGACUAGAUUGUGUCACAAAAAGAGCAUUGUGACAGUGAAUGGCAAGUUUCCGGGGCCUCGUAUUGUCGCUAGAGAAGGCGAUCGACUUGUCAUCAAAGUGGUUAACCAUGUACAAAACAACAUCACCAUUCACUGGCAUGGAAUUAGACAGCUUCAAUCAGGAUGGGCAGAUGGGCCAGCAUAUGUGACACAAUGUCCAAUCCAAACAGGUCAAAGCUAUGUUUACAUUUACACAAUUAAAGGCCAAAGAGGAACACUCUUUUGGCAUGCUCAUAUAUCUUGGUUAAGAUCAACACUCUAUGGUCCUCUCAUUAUUCUUCCCAAGAAAAAUGUACAGUAUCCUUUUGCAAAACCUCACAAGGAAGUUCCAAUCCUAUUCGGGGAAUGGUUUAAUGGAGAUACUGAAGCAAUCAUUGCACAAGCCCUUCAAACUGGUGGAGGACCAAAUGUUUCUGAUGCAUACACCAUUAAUGGACUUCCCGGACCGCUUUAUAAUUGUUCUGCUAAAGAUACAUUUAAGUUGAAGGUGAAACCUGGAAAGACUUACCUUCUCCGUUUCGUCAACGCUGCACUAAAUGAUGAACUAUUCUUCAGCAUUGCAAAUCAUACUUUGACGGUUGUUGAAGCAGAUGCAAGUUAUGUAAAACCCUUUGAAACCGACACGAUCCUAAUUGCACCUGGCCAAACCACAAAUGUUCUUCUCAAAACAAAACCAUAUUUUCCAAAUGCAACAUUCUUAAUGCUUGCAAGACCAUAUGCAACUGGCUUAGGAACUUUCGAUAAUUCCACCGUUGCCGGAAUCAUAGAAUAUGAAACUCCAUUUAGCACUAACAAUUCAAAUUAUUCACUAAAAAAUCUUCCACUUUUCAAACCUAUUCUUCCACAACUUAAUGACACUUCUUUUGCAACUAAUUUCUCCAACAAACUUCAUAGCUUAUCAAAUGCUCAGUUUCCAGCUAAUGUUCCACAAAAAGUUGAUAAGCACUUUUUCUUCACAGUAGGCCUAGGUACUAAUCCUUGUAACACAAACCAAACAUGUCAAGGUCCCAAUGGAACAAUGUUUGCAGCAUCAGUGAACAAUGUUUCUUACACAAUGCCAACCACUGCACUUCUUCAAGCUCAUUACUUUGGACAAUCUAAUGGAGUUUACACUCCUGAUUUUCCAACUAAACCUUUGAAUCCAUUUAACUAUACUGGAACGCCACCGAAUAACACUAUGGUAGGGAAUGGAACAAAGGUUGUGGUUCUUCCUUUUAACACAAGUAUGGAGCUUGUAUUGCAAGAUACUAGUAUUCUUGGUGUGGAAAGUCACCCUCUACAUUUGCAUGGAUUUAACUUCUUUGUUGUUGGACAAGGAUUCGGCAACUAUGAUUCGAAUAAGGAUCCACAAAAUUUUAAUCUUGUUGAUCCUGUUGAAAGGAAUACAGUUGGUGUUCCAUCUGGUGGUUGGGUUGCUAUCAGAUUCCUAGCAGAUAAUCCAGGGGCAUGGUUUAUGCAUUGUCACUUGGAAAUCCACACAAGUUGGGGUCUUAAGAUGGCAUGGAUUGUUUUGGAUGGAAAGCUUCCAAAUCAGAAGGUGCUUCCACCACCAGCUGAUCUUCCCAAGUGUUAA